AUGUCUAUUAACUUCAAUUCUACUAAAGCUCAAACCAAAGAUGGUCACUUGCACACCAAGUACACCUACGAAAACUCCAUUGUUGAAAAGGAUGCUAAUGGUAACUUUGAUGUUACUCCAACUGCUGUUAAUUACGAAUUCAAAUUGGACUUGAAAGUUCCAAAAGUUGGUUUGUUAUUGGUUGGUAUUGGUGGUAACAAUGGUACUACUGUUUUAGGUGCAACUUUGGCCAACAAACACAAAAUUUCAUUUGAAACCAAAGAAGGUGUUGUUAAACCAAACUAUUAUGGUUCUGUUACUCAAUCAUCAACUGUCAAGAUUGGUGUUGAUAAAGAAACUGGUGAUGAUGUCUAUGUCCCAUUCAAGUCUCUUGUUCCAAUGGUUGAUCCAAAUGAUUUGGUUAUUGAUGGUUGGGAUAUCAGUGGUGUUGCUUUAGACCAAGCCAUGAAACGUGCUAAAGUUUUGGAUGUCACUUUACAAAAACAAUUGUAUCCUUAUUUGGAAAACAAGAAACCAAUGUCUUCUAUUUACUAUCCUGAUUUCAUUGCCAUGAACCAAAGUGGCAGAGCUGAUAAUGUCUACAAUUCUGUCAAUGGUGAAGUUAAAACCGAUCAAAAAUGGCAAGAUGUUGAAAAGAUCAGAAAGGAUAUUAGGGACUUUAAAGAAAAACAUGCUUUAGAUACUGUUGUUGUCUUGUGGAGUGCAAACACUGAAAGAAAUGCUGAUAUUAUCCCAGGUGUUAAUGAUACUGCUGAUAAUUUGAUCAAGAGUAUUAAAGAAAACCAUCCUGAAAUCAGUCCAUUGGCUAUUUUUGGUGUUGCUUCUGCUUUGGAAGGUUCUACUUUUAUUAAUGGAUCUCCAUCAAUUCUUGUUCCUGGUUUAGUUGAUUUCUGUGAAUCCCGUGCUACAUUUUUGGGUGGUUCUGAUUUCAAAUCUGGUCAAACUAAGUUAAAGCUGGUCUUGGGUCAAUUCUUGGUUGAUGCUGGUAUCAAACCAUUAUCCAUUGCUUCUUAUAAUCACUUGGGUAAUAAUGACGGAUUUAAUUUGUCAGCUCCGCAACAAUUCCGUAGUAAAGAAAUCCUGAAGAGAGGUGUGUUGGAUGAUAUUAUUGAAUCCAAUCUGAUUUUGUAUAACAAAGAAGAUGGUGAUCAUGUUGACCACUGUGUUGUUAUCAAAUAUCUCCCUGCUGUGGGUGAUGAUAAAGUUGCUAUUGAUGAAUACUAUUCUAGUCUUUGUCUUGGUGGUAAGAAUAGAAUCACCUUGUCUACAAUUUGUGAGGACUCACUUUUAGCCACUCCUUUGAUUCUCGAUUUGGUUAUUGUUGGUGAAUUGCUUCAAAGAAUUCAAUAUAAAGUUGACGGUGAUGAAAAAUUCCAAGAUUUGCAUUCUGUUCUUUCCCUUUUGUCUUAUUGGUUGAAAGCUCCAAUUGCCAAGUCUGGUUAUAAAGCUGUUAAUGGUUUAAAUAAACAAAGAUCAGCUUUGAUCAAUCUUUUGUUGAUUUUGAAUGGUGUUUCUCCAACUAAUGACUUGAGAUUGCAAGAAGUUACUCAGUAA